CCAAAGCGCACAAUCUCCUAUGUCAGCAGAAGAUUCAGAAGUUUCAGAUAGCCCAGGUGGUUCGAGAGUCCAACGCAAUGCUCAGGGAAGGAUACAAGACCUUCUUCAACACACUCUACCAUAACAAUAUUCCCCUUUUCAUCUUUUCUUCGGCCAUUGGUGAUAUCCUGGAGAAAAUUAUCCGACAGUUGAAAGUGUUCCACCCCAAUAUCCACAUCGUGUCUAACUACAUGGAUUUUAAUGAAGAUGUGAGCCAGAUCCUGUUUGGGCUGAGAAAGGAUGAGGGGUGGGGACCACCAGCCAGGGUGGUUUACUCUGCAUGAACCCUUACCUGGGGAGGAAGAGGAGGGAAAACACGCUGGCUUCUUCACCCUUAGGCAGUUGUUUACAGGUUACUUUUUGGCCAGGCAUGGUGGCUCACCCCUGUAAUCCCAGCACUUCAAGUUGCCAGGGCAGGUGGAUCACCUGAGGUCAGGAGUUCGAGACCAGCCUGGCCAACAUGGUGAAACUCCAUCUCUAUUAAAAAUACAAAAAUUAGCUGGGCGUGGUGGUGGGCGCCUGUAA